CUGUGAACGGGGUUUGCCUAGUCAAGAGCUGCAAUGUCUGGUCGAGGGAAACAAGGCGGCAAAGUGAGGGCUAAGGCAAAGUCCUGGUCAUCUCGGGCCGGCUUGCAGUUCCCGGUAGGCCGCGUUCAUCGGCUUCUCCGGAAGGGUAAUUAUGCUGAGCGAGUUGGUGCUGGAGCCCCUGUGUAUAUGGCUGCUGUCUUAGAGUAUCUGACUGCUGAGAUUCUCGAGUUGGCUGGCAACGCUGCGCGCGAUAACAAGAAAACCAGGAUCAUCCCCCGCCAUUUGCAGCUCGCCAUCCGUAACAACGAGGAGCUCAACAAACUACUGGGGAAAGUCACUAUUGCUCAAGGGGGUGUUCUGCCUAAUAUCCAGGCCGUGCUACUCAUAGACUCAUAG